AUGGUACUAGACUUAGAUGUUUUCAAUUAUGAUGCUUGGAGAGAGCUCUUCCUCACUCAUUGCCUCGUGUUCGAUGUUCUCGGACACGUUGAUGGCACUACUCUACCAACUGACGAUGACGAUCUCCCAUGGAAGAAGCGCGACGGUUUGGUAAAGCUCUGGAUCUAUGGUACUCUCGCACCACUCCUGUUCAAAUCGUCAUUCAAAACUGGCGGGGCGGCAAAAGAUGUAUGGCUUCGCAUAGAAAACCAGUUCCGCAACAGCAAAGAAUCUCAUGCCAUACAGCUUGACAACGAUCUCCGCACAAAGGAAAUUCGUGAUAAAACAAUCCAGGAGUACACACAGAGUCUCAAAUUCAUUGCUGAUCUACUGGAAAAUGUCGACGCACCAGUAAGCGACAAAACUCUCGUCAUGUACAUGCUCAAUGGCUUGGACGAGAAGUUUGAUCACAUCAUCAACAUAAUCAAGCAUCAAAAACCAUUCCCGACGUUUGAAGAAGCUCACAACAUGCUAGAGCUAGAGGAAACAAGACUAAAGAAGCCUUUAAAAGGCGGCGCAGCGAGUCACAACGACACUCCAUCCUUGUCUACUGCUCUUGUCGCAACGACAAAAGAAUCAAAUCAACAGACAAUUACCAUGGACAAUUGA